UGCUUCAUCGUCACGCAGAGAACUCUCUCUCUCUCUCUUCUUCGAUCUCAUCUCUCCUCUCCACCACCAAAUCGAUUGGUUUGAACUUUCGAACCCAAUCGAUUCGAUUCAUUGAGCCAUGAGUUUCUGCAAAUGGGUUUCCUUUGUUUUGAUCAUCCACUUGCUCAACUCUUGUCAGAUUUCAUCUUCCUCUUCCUUAACCUCAAAUGGGUUUUCUCAAAUCCCUCCAAAGUUUCUUGCUUUAGCUAAAAGAGACGAUUUUUUCGACUGGAUGGUUGGGAUCAGAAGGAAAAUCCACGAGAAUCCAGAGCUAGGUUACGAGGAAGUAGAGACAUCUAGGCUCGUUAGGACAGAGCUGGAGAAGAUGGGUGUGUCUUACAAGUACCCAGUUGCUGUUACUGGCGUUAUUGGAUAUGUCGGAACUGGUCAAGCCCCUUUUGUUGCUUUGAGAGCAGACAUGGACGCACUUGCUAUGCAGGAGAUGGUGGAAUGGGAGCACAAGAGUAAGGUUCCCGGGAAGAUGCACGCUUGUGGACAUGACGCUCACACUACAAUGCUCCUCGGUGCUGCAAAGUUGCUCAAAGAACACCAAGAUGAGCUACAGGGUACAGUGAUUCUUGUUUUCCAACCAGCUGAGGAAGGAGGAGGAGGUGCAAAGAAGAUCGUGGAAGCUGGAGUAUUGAAGGAUGUGAGCGCAAUCUUUGGGUUACAUGUUACAAAUCAACUGAGUCUAGGUCAAGUGAGCUCAAGAGAAGGUCCGUUGUUGGCUGGUAGCGGCUUUUUCGAAGCUAAGAUAAGCGGGAAAGGAGGUCACGCAGCUCUUCCUCAGCACGCCAUAGAUCCGAUUCUGGCAGCUUCAAACGUUAUUGUUAGCUUACAACACCUCGUUUCACGAGAGGCAGACCCUUUAGACUCUCAGGUGGUUACAGUUGCUAAAUUUGAAGGCGGUGGUGCUUUUAAUGUGAUUCCAGACUCUGUUACUAUCGGUGGUACAUUCAGAGCGUUUUCAACUAAGAGCUUUACACAACUCAAGAAAAGAAUUGAGCAGGUUAUCACAAGGCAAGCAAGCGUGCAUAUGUGCAAUGCAACAGUUGAUUUCCUUGAAGAGGAGAAACCAUUCUUCCCACCAACUGUUAACCACAAAGACUUGCACAUGUUCUUCAAGAACGUUUCAGGUGAUAUGUUAGGGACUCAGAACUACGUCGAGAUGCAACCAUUGAUGGGAUCAGAGGAUUUCUCUUUCUACCAACAAUCAAUGCCUGGACAUUUCAGCUUUGUUGGUAUGCAAAACGAAGCUCAUUCACCAAUGGCAAGCCCUCACUCACCUUAUUUCGAGGUCAAUGAAGAGUUGCUACCUUAUGGUGCUUCCCUUCAUGCCUCCAUGGCCACAAGAUAUCUUCUCGACUUGAAAACUUCAUCGCCAAAUAAGAGUUACCAAAAAGAUGAACUUUGAUGCCCUUGCUGGCUCUCUCUCUAUCUCCCCUACUCGUCGAAAUGUCAUUUUUUUACAGAGGCUUCCAUGUAAAGAUCAAUAAAGUGUAAUGCAAUGUCAAGCUUUUGGGGAUAUGAUAUAUAAGAAAUUUACUGCAAAGUGAUUUGGCCAUUGUAAUGA